ACUCUGUACCGUCUGAGAAACAAACUUUUCCUGACUAAUCAUGACAGCUAUCUGAUAAUGUAAUCAAAUUGGAUAUCAACGAAGCUGGUCGAGAGAAAGUAGUGUUGAAGAAUUCAAGUGGUGUACGGUGUGUCCUCCUGAUCCCAUAAGAAACCAUGACAAAGGGAGCACCGACGUCCAAACCCUGGCGGGUGAAGGGGACAUCCCGUAAGGACAGGUCCCGACGGAGUGCCGAGAAGGUAGAGGAGGAGGAGGUCAGGACGGAGGGGCACGCAACACGGAUGGUACAGGUCGCCUGUAAGCGUCUGUACGCACAGAUCAACGCUAACUUCCGCCGUGGAAAGAAACAGUACACACGAGACGACAAGUUCGUACAAGCCAAGCUGUAUGACAUCAUCUGUGAUGAGGCAAGGAAGUUAUGGUCACAGUCAGCAGUCAGUAUGGUGCGACUAAACUACAAACAUGAUAUCCUGGCUAACGGUCCCCGAGGCCCUGCAGAGAAGGGUCCUCCCCGUAUAGCCAUCAUGAUGACGUGGCCGUGGUGUAAACUGGCGCUGGAGGUCAAGAGGGUUCAGGAGAAGUACCAUUACUCCUACCAGAGUAUUCGCAACUGUUUUGCCCGAGUGUCCUACCUGGUGUAUAUGGGUGGCUGCCAUGUGGGACUCGUUGCUCUCUUCGGCACGAAAGAAGACAUGCAGAAAGCAGACUUGGACCUCUUCUGCACACCUCUGGGGGGAGAGAGUGUUGUGGACAUUGCCCUUGCAAAGGACGCCAUGUCGCUGUUUGGGUACGGGGACACGAAGGGCAUGAACAAGGCACAGGUCCCAUGGGCUUACCAGAAGGACCUGAAGGUCAACUGUAUCAUGAACAAGUUCGAGCCGACCGAAGGGUUCUGUGUGCGAGUCUACCACGUCCAUCCGUCAAAAUCUGGAAGGUUUAAAGAGAAGUUCUCGGAUGAAGACCGACUGAACAAGCUGUUUGCGGAGUACGCGGAGUAUGAGGACCGCCAGCAGGUGUUGGAGCGGGACGACAGCGCCUUCCCCUCAGGAGCAGCGGACGACUCCGCUAAAUACUUCUCACCGGACGACAUCAGGAAAGACGUGGAUAAAGUGGACAUCUAUCUACAGUGUGGAGCCUGGGACUACCUGAAGGCUCACGAGGAGUACAAGGAAAUUCUGAAGAGGGUGGAGCAGCCAGCCGCAGGGGACGGGGACAUCAUCGCCGGGGGCAAGCGGAAGAUGCCGGGACAGAACAUCGAGUUUGACUACCUGGCUGAGCGCCUGAAGGAUAGAAUCACCUACACACACCAGGAGGUGAAACCACCACCUCCACCUCCAGAAACAGACGAUUUGUACGUCGCCGGCCCAAGCCCAGAAGCCGAAGCACCCAGCAUAGAACCAACUGCCUCCCCUGACGAAAUUCUGGCGGCUUACGUUGCCAACGCUGGAAAGCCCCACCAAAAAGGAUCACUGUUUGAAGGUGCACCUGAGUUAGCUCAAGAGGCGACCGAGGAAUUCACAGAAAUCGCAGUUAGAGAUCCGGACCUUCGCAGGAUGUCCUCGGUCAAGGCCCGGCAGCGAUGGCGCGGUAUCCGCCAGAGCAUCUUCGAUUAUGGCCCUAACCCUCUCGAUGACGAUGAGGAACUUGGCCCUGGGGCAGCUGCAACGGCUGCAGUCCAUGAAUGGUUAGCGCAGAGGUCUACAAGGGGAUCGAUUAUUAGUCGGAAAGGUACCGUGACAUCGCGGGGAACCAAUCGAUCUCGGGGGUCCUACAAGUACAUGCCGCCGAAGGAGGACGUAACGAUGGGGGAUAAACCCGAAAAAUACGUCACGCCAGAAGAAGAAAGCAGGUUGGAUCUUAAGAUGUCGCGAGUCUCCUUUAAGAAUAGACGCCAAGCCACAGUCGCAUCGCGAGCAUCAAAAAUAUCCCGGCGGUCAUCGGUGUGGUAUCUGCCACCAAAGGACCAAGUCGCAAUUGGCGCUGACCCUGAGCAAUUCAUGACUAUAGAAUCAGUAGAAUCAGAGAUCGAAGACGAAGACGAUGAUGAAGAAUACAACAAACCAAUUAAAAGGAUGAGUACUAAGAAGAGACAAGCCGUUGCUGCCGUCGCCGCUUCCAUGCCCGCUAAGCAGAGGCUACAGAAGAGAAGAUCAACAGCAUUCUUUUCAGAUUCUGGUUCGGAAGAGGUCACAACUGAUGACGUCGUGGUCCAGAACACACUUCCUGGCUCCCUCAAGCUGUCCGGAGAGUUUACUGAAGAGCUUGCCGACCCAACGUCCAUCGAAUUCAUGGAGCUAGCCAGUGCAACAAAGGGCGCGCUUGAAAAGCAACUUUCUAAGGAACUGGGCGAUUCCUUUCACGCCGUGCAAAUCACUGGUUUCAAGAAGGGCAGUGUUGUGGCGGAGUUUGUGGUUAUCAUGACCGAUGACGCAGACAAAAAGACACAGAAAGACGUGGCGAAGUGCAUCAAGCAAGCCGCCAAGGCCGGUGUCGCUGGGAGGACCAUCCAAGCUGACUCCGUGAGCGUUGAAGAACCCCAGUCACUCAGUCGGCCACAGUCGGUUGCUCCUAGUGCCGAGGAAGACGAUCCCAAGAAGAAAAGGAAAUGGUCCGUCGCACUGAGCAAGAAGUCAAGAAAGUCCUUUGCGUUCAUUGAGGUUCCAGAGGAUAAGCCAGAAAGUCCACCCAAGCCACAGGAAGAGCAAAAGAUGCCGCGAAAUCAAGGCAUAUGGAAGUCUCUCCGUAUGAAGCAUACAAAACAUGAGGCAAAAUCCGACUCUGGUGAAUCAGCUGAUGAAAGCCCACAAGAAGAUGCAACUCCAGUUGUAGAUACACCACCAGUUGUAGAGCAAAAAGAGCCCGAGCGAAAGAUGCCACUAAAACUAGGGAAAUGGAAAUCCCUCCGUAUGAGGGCUAAACAGCAAGAAGCAGAACCCGACUCGGGUGAAUCAAAUGAUGAAAGCCAACCACAGCCACAAGGAGAUACAAAACUAGUUGUAGAGCAAAAAGAGCCCGAGCAGAAGAUGCCACUAAAACUAGGAAAAUGGAAAUCCUUGCGUAUGAAGCCUAAACGACAAGAAGAAUUAGAACCAGAAUCGGGCGAGUCGACUGAUGACUCCUCGCCUGAAACUGAAAUCCCUGACCAGGAAAGAGUGAGGAGAGAAGCAGUUCCCGACGCAGAGAAACACAAGGAACUAGAGCUCUCUCUUCCUAUACUACUGAAUAAGCCAGAAGACAAAAGCUCUUCUUUGGGAAGACCGAAGUAUUCUCCCGUACCUGUAAAAAGAAUGGCGUCCGCAACUAGCGAUCUCCCCCUCCCAGAGGCAGUGUAUUUAAAGCGAUAUAGCUCCAGUUCCAUAAUGGACGCUCUAGAGCAUGGAGAAGAGCACGUAGCACCGAUCAUGUUAAACACCAAGGGCUCAAAGAAGAGUCAACAAAAACCACCCAAAAUCAAACUUCUGGAGAAAAAGAAGUCGCCCAGUCUUUCUUUCAAAAAGAGCAAGGAGGAGAAAAAGAAGCCCAAACCGGAAGCCCAAAUCGGAUCCACCGAAGGUGCUCCAAUACCCCCCGCAGAUGAAGACGACUAUCUUGAAUUUAUAAGAAAAGACCCUGUGGAGAAGAAGACACGUACCGAAGAUGAUCAGAAGGCAAUCCCACUGGAAGAAGAUGAUGAAGGAUCUGUUUUCAACCUCCCUAUACUUCCUCCUCCAGACCAACCAAGAAACAGAAUCAAUAUGGCCGAACUAGUGAAUGUUCUGGCGAAGAAACAGCAACUGAAAGAAGAAGAGCCCAGAAAGCGAUCUGUAGAAUUCAAAGAGCCCGAGGAAGAAAUCCUAGAAGAGGCUCCUGACACAAGCAGUCCGAUAGCUCCUGUAGUUUUGCAGCCUGAAGAAACAAAGGAAGCUAACACGACAAUAUUGAAGAGUAUGCUGGCAGCAAAGAAGCAGCAACUUGUGGAGGACAUGAACAAGCAGCAAGCAUUAAAACGACCGACCAACUUUGCAGACGUGGCAAACCGUGCCAUGACGGAGUUUGGCAGCAGUAAGAAGAAAGAUUCCGUCAAGAAAGACUCGAUGAAAGAAAAUGAGAGGAAAUUAUCGAAGAUGUCGUUGAAAUCGUCACUGAAAAGGUCGACGAAAAAAGAUGCAGCUCCAGAAGAUGCGGCAGAUCUAGAAGCUCAAACUGCAACCCUGGACCUUGGUGAUUCUGCGUCCGUACAGCGGUACGAACUGGCUCCCUACGACUCAGCGAUGGACACCAUAGAGCAUGACCGGGACCAGGGCCUGUUCCCCGUCAGGGGAAACUUCGACUCCCGUUAUGGCGAAGGGACGGCGGAGGUCUUCGUGGACGGAGACUGGGAAGAUCACACUCAGCCGCACAUGGAAGCUGCUCCACCUGCCGACAUGCUGAAAAACAGCAAGCCACGAAGGGUGUACGCAGCGUCCGACGUGUCUAGCAUGAUAGCAACUUGGUCUUUUGAUCCUGAGUGGGGCAGCAUAGAUCUGCCCCCGUCAGAGUUUGAUGAAGAAAUAGAGCCCACUAGACCUGCGGAGAUAGAAAGCUCUAUGGUGGUUCCUCGAGCGGAAACUCCUGACGAUGGAGACGAGAUAAGUGACAGAGACAGUGUCAGCACAGAUAACACGGAAGAUUCCCGAUUUACUGUGGUGCCAUUCGAACUGGAGCCGGAAGACAAGGAGAAGAUGAGAGUGAAGCUACCCGGGGAAAUUGUAGCUCCCGUCGUGGCGAAGACAAAGAAAAAGCCAGGAGACCCGGCUGAUGACAAAGGUUGUGUCAUCCAAUAGGAAUCCAGGAUAACAAGAGUUUGGAGUUCGCACGCUUUCGUGAAAUAUUUAGAGUUUCUCGUAUGUUUUGAUUAAUUUUAGUAGACCAAUUAUGAAAAUAAUACACGUAUCAUGUUUGACUAUUGUUGGCUGUGGAGAAGCUAAUGGUAAAAGAGUUAUUUACGCCUUCGACUAACUUUUAUUCAAGAGACAGUAGUACUAACCCUAUUGUGUUGUAUAAAUGUGAACAUAAAACAUUACUUCCGGGUGUUGUGGUGAUUGUACAUUGGGUAAUUCAUUAUAUGCUGUAUUAUGUGAACUUGUACUUGAAUACGCAAUUUUUCUGACUCAUGUUUACUGUUGACAAUAAACAAGUAAAUCAUAUCA